AUGGAAUCUGUGUGCAAUGAGCUUUUGAAAGCAUGGACAAUUUUGGAUCCGCAGUUGCCACCGGUUGUCCGGAACGCACUUAUUGCCAGGGGAACAGCAGAAGAGGUUGAUAACCAGAUUUACCACUUACAAAAGUCCGUUGAGAUUCCUCGAAAUGCUGGGGAGAACGAACACUUUGCAGGCUAUUUAUUAGUAAAAGCAGCCCUGGGACAAAGACUUUUUCCUCUUGCUAGAGCCAUGACGAAACGUUUGGAAAGGUGGCAAACUGGAACUACGAGCGCCGCUGUGCUACAAAGGAUGUUGGAGACCGAGACAGAGUUGCGUCUGCGUGAAUUUCUUUGUGAGCUCCGUCAUCAGGAAGGUACAAGCUUUGCUCCUCCCACCGACCUUUCUCUGCUGUCUGUAUCGGCUCGCGAGCCAAGCCCCAUACGGGAUCUCAGAGUGCAGGCGGUCCGCCGUCUGGACGAAUGCCUUACUGCAAUGGCUCAUCUUAGUGAGAAUGGAGAUCUGGUGGAAAUUUGCGUUGCUACCUUGUGGAAUAUAGCAAGGCCUUGCCUAGGUCCAGAAACUCGGCGCCAUAUCUACAGAAAUAUGCAGAAGGCGAGCAAUGCCCUGGACCGCUGUCAGUCAAGCCAGAUGUCACUUCGAGUGCACCUUUUCCAUCAACUGGCGCAAUGCGAGGUGGAAGAAGAACUGUUUAAGGCAGCACAGGCAACUAUUAGCAGGGCGCUAAAGAUCGAACGUAGUUGUUGCCGUGCUGCCUGCAACAAAAAUGAGCUUGCAUUAACCAGCCAGCCCCUUACUAGCGCUUCAGACAACCCAGUAUUGUCAACUACGUGUACUGUUGAGGUCGAACCGAGCCUGACGCAAUUGACAGAUUCGCGGCCACUGCGUUUAUCUUUAGAGCGAAUGGCCCAGGCAGUUAGUAAAAUGAUUUUGGCAGUGGGAAACUUCAGUCCUGUGGAGCAAAUCCAGAACAUAGCGUUCCGUGACCGGCACGAUCAUCCAAUUGGAAAGAUAAUUGACAUCGCCGAAGACCUUCGUAGACGAGCAUUCCAUAUAUUGGCCGAUGAAGAGAGCAAAAUCUGUAACCGUCAGCUACGAGUGGAGCCACACGGCACAACAAAGCGAGCUGUUGGCUCAGCACAACAGAGUAGGGCUUCAGCUCAUCCGAGGCGAAUGCUUUCCUUGAGAGGAGAAAGCACGAUAAAGAAGAUAAUAGCAUCAUACGGUCAUCUAGUUAGCCGCGCCCAAGAACUUGGAGAUGAUCGAGCCACGGCGAGGGCUGCAGCUGCGAUUCUUUCCAUGAUCCAUGGAACUGAGAAGUGCUUGGAUGCAGCUACCCUCAAUUUUGAAUCACCAGAGACGACGCCUCCAGUUGACUUGCGCGUACGACUGAGGCCCCCGCUUGAAACUGAGGUGGCGGUGCACGUCACCGAGGCUGCAUACGCACUGGCACUUCAAGACUUUGGACUGGUUCAAGAGUUUUGUUCAAAGGUUCCACUCUGGAACAUCUCGAGCAGGCGCAAGAUUUUCGGCGCAUUGCUUCAAGAUGUCAUGCUCCAAGAAACACCACAGCCUGUUCUUUCACGGCUAUUGAAGACGUCUUCCAGUUCGUUGCAAGAUACUGCCGGCGGAUUGGACAAAUCAUCAAAGGCAAAACAGGCAAAGGUGCAGACUGCAGGAGGGGCUGAAAAUGCAUCAAUGCUCAAACUAACUCCAGACAUUUUGGUGCUCCUCCAAAUCGAGUGUGGCGAUAUGCUGUGGUCUGCCACCACUGCCGUGGCUGCAUCCGUUUCUGCGGAGCUAGCGGGGCCGGUUGAAUUGCUGAGGACAGAAUUGUGGACUCGACUUGCUGCUGCAUCCCUCUCUGUAAACUGCCAAACCAUCCAAGGACUAUCAGUAGCUUACGCGUUCCAAGCGCUUGGUGAAAAGUGCUCUGUAGUCCCGUACAAAAUUUCUUCCAAUGUGAAGCAUAAACUGCAACUCUGGAGGGGCGUGGCGCAUGUUGUGGCCGGACUAGCGCUUCUUGCUACAGACUUUACAGUGAAGUGGGAUGAACUCUUCCGAACGGCCGAAGGCGCAAUGGUACUUGUUCCCAAAGUGCUGCACACUCCCCUGAUGAAAUUGCAGAUCCUCGCUCUGAUCCGUACAGAAACGCCUAAUUUGUUCCCCACAGUGUGCAACCUAGCCAGAAGUGAACCUUCUAGCGAAGCGGACUUGUUGCUGUGUUUCGCUCGGCUUGCUCAAAAAACUCCUGGCCUUACAUCCAUGGUAAUGGAUGCUUACGAGGGGGCGCUCACUUUAUUUGAGAUUGAUAAGGACCCGCAUGGGAUUGUUGUUCACUUGGAAGUUGCGGAGUGGCUCCUUAGCAUGCGUCGCCCCUGGGCGAAGGCCAGUUCACAUAUUCGUGCUGCGUUGGACCUGCUUAAAAAUGCUGAAUGCCAACAAAAGGUGAGCAGCCCAAAGCCCAAAGAGGGGCCAAACCAAGUCCUGCACACACUGAUGAGACUCGACCAUUUAUUUCUACUGCAAGCGCAGGCACUCAAGCUAUUUUAUUCUCCAGAUACAUCAGAGACUGCAGAUGCAAUGCGACAAAUAAUCAGUCUGUCUUCUCAAAUGCUUGACGCGUCCACGGAGACUCCCUCGGAAAAGGCAAGCGAGAACGAUAGGGAAAUUGCGGAGAGGGAAACUAGUAGCGCCGAAUCUUCUGGAGAACACACAGAGGGGUUUGGAGAACACCAUGGUUACGGUGACCUCAGCAAUCGUGAAAUGAGUUGCGCUCCACUAGGCCCUUCCUCGACGGAAACAGAUUUUCAUGCGCCUAUGGGCCUUUGCUAUUGCUGCAGGCGGCUCGACAAAUUGAUCCUUGGGCGUCAGCCAAUCUAUACGAGCCGGUUCGCUUCGUGCAUUUUGGUUCAAGGGGCAGAUGCUUAG